AUGGAAGGUGGUAGAUAUUCGGUUGAUUUGGGUAACCUCGAGCGCAACCGAAGGAACGAGAUUGGGAGGACGAAAUCCCGCAAAGGUAAAGAACUUGCCGGCUCUUCAUCUCAAAGUCGAGAUGAUUUUGAAACGGGUUACCAAAGGAGGGAUGAAGAUGCGAUGUCCGAAGAACAACUACAACAAGAAUUGGCCCGACAUAAUAACCGCUUUCUCCAACAACAACAAAUCCCGACCACCAUUGACGAAGAUGAGCUUGAGCAUGAAGAUGCGGAGGAAAUGGAACCGGAGACGGCCGAGGAGGAGGGUGGCGGCAUCCACGACGCCGACGAGUCUGCCUCAUCCCAAAGCGCCACCGGUAAUAAAAAAAGUAAAUCUGAACUAAUGAAAAAUAAUUUUGAUAAGUGGAAGGAUGCACAAACCGGGUAUUGGCACGCAACUUGCAAGUGGUGCAACAAAAAUUAUAGCUUGGGGACCUCCGGCGGAUACGGAUCCGCCGCAAGGCAUCUUAAGGCAAAGCACCCCGUGGAGUAUGCAAAAUUAGGCGGCGGAACGGGGAAGCAAACUCAAAUAUCGAGGUUUGCGAAUUUUCAACCUUUUGGUAAUUUCUCAUACAAUGAUGCACAAAAUUUGACUGGUAUGGCUUACUUAGUUUGUGAAGAAAAUUUGCCUUAUAUGUUUUCUGAUAGUCUUGCUUUAAGAGAUUAUGCAUGCGGUAGUUUAAAUCCUCAAUUUACAGGUUAUAGUCUCAAAACUGUUAAGAAAGAAAUUAUAAGGCUUUAUAAAGCGGAAAAGGCAAGGUUACAAUUUUUUUUGCAAACUUUGAUGGGCGUGUUGCUAUUUGUUCUGACAUACGGGAGGAUGAUUUUCAUCAUAUAAAUUAUUUGGGUCUGACUGCUCAUUAUAUUGAUGAUGAUUGGAAUAUGCAUAAAUGUGUUCUUGCUUUUCGUGAAUUUAAUGAUCGUCACACCGCUGAACAUAUUUAUAUUUUGAUUGAGCGUAAUUUAAUUGAGUAUAAUUUGAUUGAUAAGGUGUUUGUUAUUGGUUUCGAUAAUGCUACUAAUAAUACUGCUGCUAUACCUAGAUUGUGUGACUUGUGUGAUGCCAAUACUUUGAUGUGCAUGCCAUGUUUUAAAUUUAUGUCUGCAAGACGGUCUAAUGGCAAACUUAUUUGACUGAAAGGGGUGUGAGAUAUGUUGCUUUUCCUAAAGAUUUGAGUAUUCGUUGGAAUAGUACUUAUAAAUUACUUAAAGUUGUUCUUAGAUAUAAAGAACAUUUUCCUGCUUUUUUAAAACAACAUGAUAACUAUAUUAUAAAUUCGGCUGAGAUCGACACUUACGAAAAAAAUUGUAAUGUUUUGAUUUUUUUUAAUGCAACUGAAACUUUAGUCAUGUUUAUAAACCUACCGCAAACCAAUUUAUUCGUGAAGAUGUUAAUCUCGCCGGUGCUUUUAGAGAAUUUGAGAAUGCCGUUUACGUGAGUUAUUUUUGUGAUUUUAUGAAGGAAAAGUUUUUAAAAUAUUAUGCACAUAUUCCGCAUAUUUAUGGUAUUGCAUUUAUUCUCAAUCCUCGUUUUAGACUAGCUAAUUUGGAAGAUUGUUUCAAGUUCUAUUAUCUUGCUUUUUUUUUUGGUGAAUUUCCAAUAUAUGACGAUAACCCCAUAGAUCCGAAAACGGAAUACAACGAUGUUAGUGCUUUAUUUUAUGUCUUAUUUAAUGAGUUUCGCGCACAAUAUGGCAACACUCCCCCUCCCCCGACACGAACAUCUUCAUCUAAAGGAAAAACGAUUUUUAAAUCUGCAUUUGACAAUCUUAUGAAAAAAAACUAAAACAACUCAUGUUACUGAACAAAGCGCAAUAAAUGAGAUUACUUUGUAUUUAACAUAUGAAGUUGAAUUUGAAGAAAACGAUGACUUUGACGUUCUAAACUGGUGGAAGUCAAAAGAAAGAACGUUCCCGAUUUUAGCACGGAUGGCUAAGCAAGUGCUAUCAAUGCCGGUUUCAACAGUUGCUGUGGAACAAGAAUUUAGUUCGGCCGGCAACGUCCUAACGGCAUCUAGAACGAGAUUGAGCGCGGAGUCUCUUGAGACGCUUAUAUGCUACCACGAUUGGUUGAAGGCCGCACGUAGAACUCAAGAAAUGAGCAUCACCCCCUCCCAAGACUUUAUGGAUGACUCAACAACCGAUGGUGGCUCUACCUGUAACACUUGAGAUUUAAUAUAAACGGAUUAAUAGUACUACUCAUACAAACAGAGGUGCAUCUCCUUUUAAGGGAGCUCAUCACCCAAGAACUCCAAAGUUAAGCGUGCUUGCACGGGAGUAGUCUUGGGAUGGGUGACCCCCUGGGAAGUUUCUCAGGGCGCGCACGAGUGAGGACAAAGUGCGCGGUAAAGGCUUGUGGUGGUUUGUGGGGACAGUACUAUUGGUCUCGAGUAACUACCUCGGGUCUGGUGGGGCCGGGGUGUUACACUACCUAUGCCGGAGAUUCCCAUUUAUUAGUAUUUUAAAAUUUAUUAUAAAAUGUAUUUUGUAGCACUUCUCAAAUUAAUUUGUACUUGUACUUCAUAUUUCAAAAUUGUAAACGUGUACUUCAUAUUUCAAAAUUGUAAA